UAUGGGGCUGGGACGGGGGGAACCCAUCAGUUGGAAGCCCAUGUUCAGGUCUGGGGAGCUUACAUGGGAUGUGGAAAAUUCCCGUGCCCCCUUCCUACCCACCCUGGCACAGCAGCACUGUCAUCAAAAGCAGUUAAGCAAGGUGGCUGCCUCCCACCCCUCUGUUCACCCCUGAAAUCCAGCUUCCUUCUGCAUCGUGGCCACCGCUGGGACAGGGUCUCCUGCUGUUCCCUGUCCCCGUGUGCCUCCAACCCCCUGCUCCCAAGGACUCCAUUUUCCCCCCAGAACUCAGGGUUUGGGAAGUCUGUGUCUCCAGUGAUGGCCCUGGGCACCCUGAGUCAUGGCAUAGGGACAUCCUUGCCUCCCCUGGUCCAACCAGCCCAACCAGGCUGGUGCUGGUGAUGCUGUUUCACAUGGCCACAUGGGCCACUGGUGUGGUAAUUAGCAUCCCCAAGAGCCACUAGGUGGUAAUUAGCAUCCCCAAGAGCCACUGGCACAUCUACUGACUUUCCCAGCUCUCUGCAUGAGCUGAGCCUGCUGCAGCUGCGGCAGGGCACGAGCCAACACUUGGAAAUGCCAAUGGGGACCUUUGCCACUACUAGCAGGUCCCCAUCUCCAGCAACAUGGGACUUUUUGAGUGAAAAAUGAUGCAGUGCAAUAGGUGGGGUCCAGGGUGACCAGUAACAAAUCCCAUCUCUGCCAGGAGGGCCCCUCCAGGAGGGAGCUUGGUCCCUGCAGGUAUCCCCAAGAGAGUGGCACAAGCUCUGGGAUGCUGGUGUCACCCAUCCUGGCUCUCUUGGGCAGCAGCAUCAGGGAUUGCAUGUUUUGGGUUUGGGAUGAGGAGCAGAAGCACUGGUUGCCUUGGCCAACUCCAGAUGGGGACAAUAUUUGGCAAGAUUUGCUAAAAAUACUUCCUGACUCAGCUGUGACACCACCACCCAUGUCACAUCCCUGGUCCCCCCCAGGGCUCAAGCCAGCUCAGUGAUGUCCCUGCUGGUACUCAGAGCUGGCCCUGGGCCACUUGUCCUGGGUAGGUGGGGAUGGACCAGGGGGCUCCCGGGGUCCCACAUGCCUCCCCAGCUUGGCUACCAGCACCAGUCUCUCCCCAGUUCAGCCAGCCUGAGUGGCUGGGGACAGAACAGGGAGCCAGGAACAGCUAGUGGCAUUUACCCACACAAAGGGAUGGGGAGGAGGGACCUGCAGGCACAGGAGGGCUGCUGGGGAAGGUAAUGAUUCCUUAGAGUUUAAAUAGGUUUAAAAGCUAUAUUUUCUUCUUUUUUUUUUUUUUUUUUUUUUUUAAUGAUUUUGCUGCUUUUCCUAAUACUAUUACAGCCUUCUCCAUGGCAACCAGGUGGGGCGACUCAGACUUUGGUCCCGGCUGGGAAGAUUAGUUGCCAGAGCUGAAAUGAUGGGGGGAACAGCUGGCGAGGUCCGUGCUGGCUGGGGCCACAGUGGGAUGAGGACGUCUGUGGUGGGGACCCAAAAGAGGUCCCCAUGGUGGCCACGGUGCCAUGGUAUACCAGGCAGGCACAAGGUCCUGGUGCCAAGGACAGGCUGGAGGGACCAACAGUGCCAUGGGGUUCAAGCAUCCCCUGCCACAGGCAGUGGCACACAUCUGGAGGAGUUGCCCACAAGGAAGCUGAAAAGUGGAGGUGGGUCCAGCUCCUCUCUGUGCCACAGCCCCACUGGGAAGGGAUUUGCUUAUUUAUCCUCUUUUAUUUUCCCUUCGCAGCUCGUUUGGUAUUUUGCCUGAAAGGGGGCUGUUGCAGGCGGGGAUAAACCCAUUCCCAGCCACAGGUAGGGCUUGUUAAAACUUCCUGAAGAGGUUUUGUGGGUUUUGGCUGGCUGGCCCAUGCUGGUUCAGCUCUUUUUAGCUUCCAGAUUGAUUAUACCUUGUGUCAAUAUGUGCUUAGUGCCUAUUAGUGGGUGCAUGUAUAUCCAUCUCUCAUUUCGCCCUUCUGAUCUAUAAUUUCCAAGAAGAGAGGAUUAAAAUAGAGGGGGAGGAGUGAACUGCUCAGGGCCAAAAAGAAAGGGAGAAAACAGUGCUUGUUGGAAAAUUGGAUUGUAAGGCUGGAGGCUGGCCAUCUCUCCCCAACACCUCUUCCCAUGGGUACAGUCCUGCUUUGGCUGGUGAGAGGGUUGCUUAAAGCUGCCUGAAUUAAGUGGCGAAGAGCUGAGAUGUGCCCUGUGGAGUUGGGGGAGAUGCCAGGCUCCCAUGGGGGUGGGCAAGGUGGAAGCACUGUGGGGAUGCCCAUGGCCUGGGACUGGUGUCCAUCCCUGCUGCAGCUCCACCUCCAUGGAUCAGCAUGGGGGGAACCAGGGCAGGGAAGAGCGGCACUGGUGGGAGACACCCAUUCCUGGAGGUAUGGAUGUGGAUGCAGCCAGCCUCGUCCCAGUGCAUCUUCAAGGAGGAAUGGGGCUACCAAGACUUCGGGAAGGUUAGCCAUGGCUUUUCCACGUGGCAGCUGCUGGCCCAUAGGGCUUCUCUUACUAGGGCAGAAGUGGCUUUUUAUUUAUUUAUUUUUGUCUUUCCUGGAAACUGGUGAAAGAUUCUCCAGAAGCUGUGUUGGAUGCUGGUGGGGAAAUGACCUGGGACACAGAACGAGGUCACCAGUGUCCCCAGGGUGGUUUUGACGAACUGCCAGGUGGAGCGUGUGCUCCACCAGCCCCAGAGCAUCAUCCACCAUCAUCCCACCCUAUGCAGGAGGAUGAGAGGAGGAGCUGAGAUCCGGGGGACCCUCACAGCCGUCAUCUCACCAAUAGUACAUAAACUUUGCUCUCUGCCUCCCCUUUGGCUCAAAAGCACCGAGCUGAGCUGCGUGUAGUGCUCCCAGCACCGUCUCCACCCACGAGGCAAGAUAUGCCCACAGGAGGGGUCUGCCGGUUCACGCCAAGGCUUCUCGUGCCACAUGGAGAAGAGCUUUUUCCCAUUUUCCUACUCAUUUCCCACUUGCAUCACCGUAAAGCCUUGUGUGUUUCAGCCUGUCUCCCGGUAAGGGUAAUCGCCACACCUCUAACCCCCUAUGCAAUAUAGACGCUGCAAGCGCCAGUGUGUGUUUUUUGGGUCCCGAUGCAGCGUGAGGACCUGCUACCAGGGCUCACCCCAGGGCAUCCCCGUCAGACACCGGGGGAAGGGUCAGUCCUGCUGCUCAGGACCCUCCAGGAGCCCAGGGCAUGGUUGUGGGGCAUCCUGUGAGGCUGCUUCAUCCAUCCCUCUGCACUCACUGCCCACACAACCCCCAUCCCCUGGCAGGACCACCCUUCCCCAGGACCCCCAGCCCCACCACAGCCUGUCCUCCUGGGCAUCCCCCCGAGCUGCCAUAAAGGCAGCUGGAGGCCAGGGAGGGAAGCAACGAGCCCAUCCUGGGGUGCCCACCCUGGCCGCGCUGUCCCAGGGGCUCAGCCCACGUCCCGCCCCAGCAGCAGUGGGGUUAAGCCUGGCCGGGCGGGCGGCUGGACGGGCGUCAAGGUGGUUGCUCCAUCCAUCCCUGCGCAGAGGGGCCGGAGAGCGGUGAGGGAGCGCUGCCCUGCCUGCCACCAUGAGCACAGGCAAAGCCGGUAUCACCCUCCUGCUCCCCUUGGCCCUGCUGCUGGCCACUGCUUCCCAGCCCCCCGAGGGGGACACCCCAAAGGACCAGGGGGACACGGACCCCCCGCGCUGCCCCAGCCCUUGUGCCUGCAGCUUGGACGACUACAGUGAGGAGCUUAAUGUCUUCUGCAGCACCCGCAACCUGACGCACCUGCCCGAGGACGUGCCCCACAACGCCAAAGCCCUUUGGCUGGAUGGCAAUAAUUUCACCCUGCUGCCGGCCGCUGCCUUUAGGAACCUCUCAGCCCUGGACUUUCUGGACCUGCAGAGCAGCCAGCUGGCCGCUGUGGAGCAGCACGCUUUCCACGGGCUGCGGAGCCUCUACCACCUCCACCUCGAACGCAACCGCCUCAAGCACUUGGCUCCCCACACCUUCCUGCACACCCAGAACCUUGUCUCCCUCAGCCUCAACAACAACUACUUCAGUAAGGUGGAGGAAGGGCUGUUUGCUGGGCUGUCCAACCUCUGGUAUCUGAACCUGGGCUGGAACUCGCUUGUGGUCCUGCCUGACAAAGUCUUCCAUGAUUUGCCCAACUUGAGGGAGCUGAUCCUGGCUGGGAACAAGCUCCCCUAUCUCCAGCACCAGCUCUUCUGCAGCCUUACUGAGCUGAAAGAGCUGGACCUGAGUGGGAACGCGCUCAAGGGCAUCAAGAUCAAUACCUUUGUCAAGCUGCAGAAGCUGCAGAAGCUGUACCUGAACCACAACCAGAUCAAUGCCAUCGCUCCCCGUGCCUUCAUGGGCAUGAAGUCUCUCCGGUGGCUGGAUCUCUCCCACAACCGACUCGUCUUGCUAUUUGAGGACACGUUUCUGGGCCUCCUAAGCCUGCAUGUCCUACGCUUGUCUACCAACUCCAUCACCAGCCUGAGGCCCAGGACUUUCAAAGACCUCCAGUUCCUGGAGGAGCUGCAGCUAGGGCACAACAGGAUCCGGAGUGUGAUGGAAAGGACCUUUGAUGGGCUGGGCCAGCUGGAGGUCCUCAGCCUCAACAACAACCAGCUACAAGACAUCAGGGUUGGGGCAUUCCUGGGGCUGUACAAUGUGGCAGUGAUGCACUUGUCCGUGAACUGCAUCAAGGUCCUGCCCGACCACGUCUUCAAGGGGGUCACCAAGCUGCACAGCCUCCACCUGGAGCACAGCUGCCUUGGCAAGAUCCGGGCAAAUACCUUCUCCAGCCUCUCCAGCCUGCGGCGGCUCUUCUUGCAGCACAAUGCCAUCUCGGUCAUCGAAGACCAAAGCUUCAGUGAACUGCAUGAGCUUCUGGAGCUCGACCUGAAGCACAACAGGCUGAGCCACCUCUCACCCCAGCUCUUUGUGGGUCUGAGCAACCUGGAGUACCUCUUCCUCUCCUCCAACCAGCUCCUGGAUAUCUCCCAGAACACCUUCAGCCCGCUUCAGAGACUCUUCUGGCUCGACCUCUCCCAUAACCAGCUGGAGACACUGGACAACACUGUCAUCUCCCCCCUGGCCAACCUGCGAUACCUCAGCCUGAGGAAUAACUCACUGGAGACCUUCUCGGUGGACUUUCUGUGUGCCUCCUUUGCCCUGGAGCAGCUGUGGCUGGGGGGCAACAACUGGCAUUGCAACUGCUCCCUGAAGGGCUUACGGGACUUCUCCCUGCAGCACCCUGUGGUGGUCCCCCGCUUCGUGCAGUCUGUGGCCGAGGGGGACGAUGCCCACGUCCCCAUCUACACCUACAACAACCUCACCUGCCUCCAUCCCCCAGCUGUGGCGGGCCUGGACCUCCGCGACACCACGGAGGACAGCUUUGCUCACUGCUGAGGUGCGCUGGCCCCCACCAGGGCACACGCCGCUCCCCGGCCACGGACCCUCGCCUGCCACCUCCCUGGCCUGUCCCAGGCCCCCUGGGGCAGCAGCAGGAGCUCUGGCUCUGUGGCCACCCUAGAUCAGCCCAGUUUUGCCACCACCUCCAGAUGCCCAUCUUGGUGCUGCCGCAGCAAGGAGAACCGUGCCUGGGUGAUGUUGGAUGGGCACCGGCUCCCCAGGCUUCAAACUGAGUUAUUUCAGUCCUAGAGUAUUUAAAUAGCAGCCCCUGGGUCGGCGCAGUUGCUCCCAGCUCCCAUUGGGAGCACGAGUACCUCUGAGCCUCUGGGAUGGGGGAAAGCUGCACCACCAGCCUGGAGCCCUCCCCACGGUGAGGGGCAUCCUUGCUGGGGCCAGGACUCCUCAGUGGGACAAAGCAAAGUGUCCUCCUGCCACUGAGCAGCUGAAAAAUCCUAAAAGCCCCCCUGAGCUCACCAAUAUGUUUAGGGAAGGGGGCAGAUGACUUGCUUUAAUCUUGCACUAGCAGGUGUAGGCAGGGUGCAGAAAGCCACACACGUCACUUACCUGAUAA